CGCCCCGUCCAAACGAAAAUACGUAAAAAAAGAAGAAACGAAAAUUCAGGGAAAGUGUCAGGAACUUUUUUUCCCCUUCCCUUCACUAUUCUUAUGCUAACUCCAACCCUUGGUAAACCAUUUUUUUCUGCUUCAGUUGCUUAUGGCGUCUGGAUGGCCAGACACGGAGAAGGCAAUUGAUAAUGGAGGAGAUGCACAGUACGGUUGGGAGGCGGCAGCAGAACAAAUGCAAAAUUGGCAGCAAUGGGGAACGAAUUCAGAGCAAUGCAGUCAUUACCUGCAAUUGUCGGACGUGGUUGAUUCAGAAGAAAAUGUCAUAUGCUGGGUUGAUACAAUUGAGGGGUUGAUGGAUGCUACAAGCUAUUUUAGCUCCGCUGAGAUUGAGGUGGUUGGAAUAGAUUGCGAGUGGAAGCCAAACUAUGUGAGAGGGCAGGACCCAAAUCAGGUUUCUAUUUUACAAAUUGCUACGGGAAAAAAAGUGCUAAUAUUUGACUUGAUAGGACUUUAUGAGAGAGAACCUAAUGUGUUGGACACCUGCCUAAAAGUUGUUUUUCAUUCUCCGAGCAUUUUGAAGCUAGGUUAUGGUUUUCGCCAAGAUCUGGAGCAGCUUUUUGAAUCAUACACAGAUCUAGAGUGUUUUCACUUCUGUGAUGGUAUUUUGGACCUUCAAAAGCUUUAUGGACCCAAGGGUGGCCUUUCUGGCCUUGCGAAGACUCUUUUGGGAAGUGAGUUAAACAAAGAAAGACGGAUGAGUAACUGGGAGCGGCGCCCCUUGACCCAUAGCCAGCUGCAUUAUGCAGCUCUUGAUGCAGCUGUCCUUGUUGCUAUAUUCAAUGUUGUACGUUGUGAAGCUUCAUCACAUGGAAGUUCAGGGACCCAAGACACGUCUCACUGGAAAUCACUAGUUACAUGCUGCACAACUAGUGCGACACACAAAAGGAAUCCUGGAGUUCUUCCAGAAGCUGAUUUAGCUGGUGCUGCUGUGGGAGAACUUGCAGAUAACCAGGUUUCAAGAAUUACAAGGGAGCAGAGUGUUAGUGUGUCAGUCACAGACAGUAAAUCUGAAUCAAUGGUUACUUCUGGAUCAGAUGAUUUGAGGAGAAACAGUGGGACUACAGGACCAAGGAGUGUUGGAGAAAACUGGCAAUUACAACCAAAGCCUGUGUUGCAAGAAACUUCUUCUAAAGCCAGAGCUGUAGGAAGGUUAGGACCAGCUAAAGGAUGUUGGAAUUGUGGGGGAGAUCAUUAUAUGAAUAAGUGCCCAAACAAUCCAGAUACAACCACCAAGACAACAGCUAGAAUCUAUGCAGCCGUGGAUAGGUGUGAAGCAGAUAAUCAAGCUUCCCCUGUAGGACUUAAAGGCACUACAAGUGGAAGGGGCCGGCGGAAUCUACCUUGGUCCACUCGUAAUCCUAGACAGGCACAAUAUACAACUAUGAAACAGAACCAGACAACAGGGUAAAGUUGUUUGGGACCAAUAUGAUGAGUGAGGAGCCACCUGUGAAGAUGACGACAUGAUUAAAAGGAAUAUCCAAACUUGUUUAAUUAAUCUGAAUUGACAUAAAACUAAAGGAAGGAUGAUGUCACAUUCCUAUAAAACACACUUAAUCUUCACCCAUAGUCCUGUUGUAGUUUGGAUUAAGGUGGAAGCCUGGUAAAUAUGUUGAUUGUCUUGGCUUCAAUGUGCUAUCAUAAACAAUUAAAUGUUUUGAUCAAUGAUAUUAUGAUGGUUUUAGUUUUAUUGCA